AUGGCUGCAGGAAGUCAAACUUGUUUUGAAGGAAUUGCUAUCCAAAACUUCUAUGUGUUUUUGGAACAAAGCAAACAACACGAGAUCCUUCUCCCACAUCUUCAUGACAUCCUCCUACCAGAAUUUGAAAGAAUUGGAGCAGGCAAAAGCAGCCUGGAUGUUCUCGGUGUUGGAAGUGGGGCAGGUGAAAUGGAUGUCGAGAUGUUAUCUUUACUCCAGUCUGUGUUUCCUGCUGUGCCCAUCACAGCUGAUAUUGUAGAAGGAAGCAUUCAGCUCACAGACAGCUUCAAAGCACUGGUUGCAAAAAUGGCCAGCCUUCAGAAGAUCUCAUUUGCUUGGCACAUCAUGAGCAGUGAGGACUACGAGAAGCAAGUGAAAGCACAAGAAGAAAUGAAGAAGUUUGACUUCAUACACAUGAUUCAUGUGGUCUACUAUUUCGAGAACCUCGAUGAAGCGCUCAGGUUUCACCACAGCCUUCUGAAAAAUAAUGGCAGGCUUCUGAUCGUCGUCACUGCAGCCAGUUCUGGCUGGGUUCCCCUGUGGAAGACUUGCUUAAUUAAGGAGCUUUGUGCUGGUACCGACAUAGACAAACCAAAAGUGACCUCUGGAGAUGUCACUGCUUGUCUGAAGAGCCAGGGCCUGAAGUAUGACGAGUAUGUUUUCCCAAACUCUUUCGACAUCACUGAGUGCUUCAAUCCUGACAGCACCACUGGCGAAAGUUUGUUCAGUUUCAUGACAUCCAGAUCACACCUCAGCCAGUCCUUCACACCGGACAUCAGAGCGGGCAUCCUGGACGUUCUCAGAAACAAGAGUAGCACAAUAAAAGAUGGCAGGGUUUUCUUUAACAGCACCUUCAGCUGCAUCGUUGUUCAUGCUUAA